UGAGCAAUUCACGACAAUGGCUAGGAGAUGAAGAUGGGCAAGGGUCCCACGUUUACCUCCUACGCGGUUCAAUUACUUUCAUACCUGCCAAACUCGCUCCCGAACCUCGCGCUCCCGUGACGUUUUAGUCCCUAGGAAAUUUCGAUGUGGCACAACUAAACUAUUGCUUUGAAGAAUUCCGUCUUGUCACUUCUUUGGACAUUUCAAAACCCCUUUGCGAUCAUCGGUGGCAAUAUAGGAUGUAACCCAGUUCAAUUUACUUGCUCUAAAUUCAACGGGUGUUUUCAGAUUCAGAAUUGGGGCAUUCUAGCAGCAGAAAUGUUUUCUCCGAUACAUGGUUUUCACAGAAUUUGAAACGGUCUAGAUACGUUGGAGAGAUUCGUGGGCUUCAAAGAUUUUGGGCAGUAAAUUUUUUUUGGGAAAGGAAAAACAGAAUCAAUUGAUAUUUGAUCCAACAGAGAAAUAAGGGAAUUCAAUAGAUAUUGAUCCAACAGGUAGUGAAGAGAUAGAAUCCAGGGAAGUGCUGUUGUAGAGUGGGCGAAAAAAACAGUCGGAAUGGGGGAUCAUCUGGUGUUGUAUGUGGAUCGUCUAAUAACGCCUUCCUCAUUCGAAAUUCCGAAUGAAAAUGUUAAACUGUCAUCCCCACCGGGCUCUGUGAAAGAUGGGCUUAUGAGCCCUCAAGAUGAGAAUGAUGAAGGGGCUCCGUUGAUUCCAGGUGGGUCUUCUUCACACACCGAAUACGAGAUAUUUGGUGGUACAUCUGAAGGCGGGGUUCUUGGGGUUAAGCUUAAUGCUGAGUGCAGAAUAUGUCAAGAAGAAGACGAGGAGAAGAAUAUGGAGGCCCCUUGUGCCUGCAGUGGCAGUUUGAAGUUUGCACAUCGGAAAUGUGUACAAAGGUGGUGCAAUGAGAAAUGCAGCACAAUUUGUGAGAUAUGCCAUGAGCCAUACACUCCUGGUUACACCGCACCGCCUCAACCACUUCAUUCAGAUGACAGUCCUAUUGAUGAUAUCAGUGGAAACUGGGGUGUGCCAGGAGUACAGCUAGAUCCUCGUUUGUUGGCAAUGGCUGCAGCAGAGCGUCAUUUUUUGGAAGCAGAGUAUGAUGAAUAUGCAACAGCCAAUGCAAGUGGUGCAGCUUUCUGCCGUUCAGCUGCAUUGAUUCUCAUGGCACUUCUGCUUCUCCGACAUGCACUCAAUAUGACCAAUGCUGAAGGAGAGGAGGACUCUUCCACAUUUUUUUCUAUUUUCCUUCUGCGAGCUGCUGGAUUUCUUUUGCCAUGUUACAUCAUGGCAUGGGCUAUAAGUAUUUUACAGCGCCGGAGACAGAGACAGGAGGCUGCUAUGGCAGCUGCAGAAGUUGCACUUCUUUUGGAAGCAGGACAGGCACGGGGAUUGCAGUAUGCUCCACCUGGUUCGUCAUCAGGUUCUCAAUUGGCGUAACUGUUACAGGCAUACCGGUCAACUUCAGGCAUAACAGAUCUGAACCUGAGGAGGUUCUUUUGAAAGAGAAAUGUUUGAGUUCCACCAUGAAAAAAAUUUCAUUUAUUUGCAAUCCCGUUCUAAUUUACCAUAGGCUAUCUAAUGUUUACAGUGCUCAAGUUUGAGCCUUUCUAGGGUAGUGGAGAGUAAAUUUGUGCUUGAUAUGGUAUUGUAAUUACCCAAAAAUAAGGCACCAUCAAAAAGCACAAUAGACAUCUGAAAAUGUCCUCUGCAAACUUUCUUUUCUAGAAAUUGGCUGUUUAUAUUUUCUUGUAUAUCCAGUUUGAUUAUAUUUUAAUAUUAAAUUAUAAGAAUUUUCAGAAGAAAAACAAUUUAUUUCAAUAAGUAGCUCAAUUUCAAAAUCGGAAUUUUCUUUUCCACUGUGCGUGGAUGGAAACCUGGGGACCUUUACAAGUAUCAAUUCUAAAAUUUGGCAAAACGUUUUUAACCUCA